UCUUUGUUUAAAUUGUUUAAUUUUCUACUCUAUAGUUUUGUCUUCUUGAAACAGUUAGCCUUAGCAGCAAAAGAAGAAAAUCAAUUCAUCUAUCAUGGCUUCAGUGAAACUGACCUGCAUGCUAAUGGGAUUGCAAAAAUUCAGCAGAAUGGUCUGCUAGAGCUAACAAAUCUUUCAUAUAAGAAAAUCGGCCGCGCUUUCUUUCCAUUCCCUCUAAAGUUCAAUAAUCAUUCAUCAGAGAAUUCUCAGUCUCUUUCAUUUUCCACCAAUUUUGUGUUUGCCAUUUUUGUGUUUGCCAUUGUUCCUCAGUUGGCAAAUCUUGGUGGCCAUGGCUUUACCUUCACUAUCUCUCCAUCUAUGGAGUUAACAGGAGGAUGGCCGACAGAAUACUUUGGACUAUUUAAUUCUGCAAGCAUUGGCUUGUCCUCAAACCAUAUUUUUGCCGUUGAGUUUGAUACUAUAAAGACUCGAGAAUUUCGAGACAGGGACAACAAUCAUAUCGGUGUAGAUGUGAAUGGUUUAAUAUCAAAUGUAUCAGAUUCAGCUGCCUAUUAUUCAGAGGAAGAAAGGCAAAAUAAGACUUUAGAGCUAAUAAGUGGAGAUCCAAUGCAGGUAUGGAUAGAUUAUGAUGAUGCAGAGAAGCUAAUCAAUGUUACUUUAGCUCCUAUAAAAAUCAAGAAACCAGAAAAGCCUCUCUUGUCAACAAAUCUUGAUCUUUCCUUAGUUUUCUUGGAUUCUAUGUAUGUUGUAGUUUUCUUGGAUUCUAUGUAUGUUGGCUUUUCUUCUUCAACAGGAUCAAUGUCAAGCUACCAUUAUAUUCUUGGAUGGAGCUUUAACAGAAGUGGGCCAGCUCAAAAUCUUGAUAUCUCAAAACUUCCUUUACUUCCUCCUCAAAGAAAAUCAAGCAAAAGACCAGAUUUAAGUACUGUAAUCCCAUUAAUAAUAGCAAAGCAAAUUUUGCUGAUAACAAUAAUCUUUGGAGCUGUUUAUAUCAUAUGGAGGAAGAAAUAUGAAGAAUUGCGCGAAGAUUGGGAACAAGAAUAUGGACCUCAAAGAUUUUCUUACAGAGAUCUCUAUAAAGCUACUAAAGGGUUCAGAGAGAAGGAGUUGCUUGGUUUUGGGGGAUUUGGACGAGUUUACAAAGGAGUAUUGCCUUCUUCCAAUACACAAGUUGCUGUCAAGAAAGUCUCACAUGAGUCUCAACAGGGAAUGAAAGAAUUUGUAGCAGAAAUUGUUACCAUGGGGACUCAUAGGAACUUAGUGCAACUCUUAGGCUACUGUCGGCGAAAGGGAGAGUUGCUCUUGGUUUAUGAGUAUAUGCCUAACGGAAGUCUUGAUAAAUUCUUAUUUCACAAUCACACACCAAAUCUGAAUUGGGUUCGCCGAUAUCAAGUCCUGAAAGGAGUUGCAGCAGCACUUGUUUACCUCCAUGAAGAGUGGGAACAGGUUGUUCUACAUAGAGAUGUGAAAGCUUCAAAUGUUAUGUUAGACUCUGAUCUUAAUGGAAGGUUAGGGGAUUUUGGACUUGCUAAGUUUUAUGAUCAUGGGUCGAUUCCUCAAACAACUUGUGUUGUUGGAACUGCUAGAUACCUUGCACCAGAGGCUACGAAGAACAGGAAAGGCUAACUACAAGCAGCGAUGUUUUUUCUUUUAGGUAUUCUUAUGCUUGAAGUUAGGCGUGGAAGGAAGCCCUCUAGAGCUCUAGAGCCAGAAAGACCACCUCAGGAGGUGAUUUUGGCAGAUUGGGUUCUUGAAUACUGGAAAAGAGGGCAAAUUCUUGGAACAAGUGAUCCUAAAUUGGAAGGUAAAUAUUUGGUGGAGGAAAUGGAAUUGGUUCUGAAGUUAGGCCUGCUCUGUGCUCACCCUAUACCAGCAGCUAGGCCUAUCAUGAGGCAAGUGGUGCAAUAUCUAGAUGGAAAGGCUAGCUUGCCAGAAAUACAAAUGGAAGCUUCUGGUCCUGGAAUUGGUUCGGUCACAAUUAGCCAACAAGUAGCUGGAGAUUGCAGUUUGUCAUUUCCUGAGUCUAAUGAUUAUUCUACAUUGUCUAUCACUGAAUCCAUUCUAAGUUGUGGUCGAUGAACGUGAAAAUUUUGCAUAGUGUUUGCAUCAAAUGAAUUAGGAAUUCAUUUCAUUUGCAAAGAAUGCCACUUGUAAAUGAAUCCUAAUGUUUAGUAGUAGAAUUUCAUUGGCCAAGUCAUCUAAGUUUUCUAUAGUUCAAAAUUGUAAUCUUACUAGUUAUAGUUCAUUUGUAAAUGUUGAUUUAAUAGGAUUUGGUUCAAGCAUGACUAGUUUCGUGGAUAAUGAGAUAGAAAUCCAAAUAAGUUUUUCA